AUGCCAGUCAAUCCAACGAGGGAGAGGUUCAACGCGAAAGCUCGCCAAUCAUCCGCCGGUUCACACAAGCGGAAAGGAAAGCGAGCGAGCAAAGUAGAAGGAGAUGACACGAAUGCUGAGGUCGUCCAGCCUAAGUCAAAGACCCAGAAGGAGUUGGAGCGGGAGGAACGGAUAAAGCAGGAGCUCGCUACACACUCUGAAUCGAAGAUGUCUAGCAAGAAGAAACGCCGCCUCGAGAAGUACAUCGACAAAAAGCUGAAGAAAGAAGAGCGAGCUGUAAUCCUGCAAAGGCUUGCCUUAUCCUCCCCAUACCUCAAUAUGCCAGUCAAUCCAACGAGGGAGAGGUUCAACGCGAAAGCUCGCCAAUCAUCCGCCGGUUCACACAAGCGGAAAGGAAAGCGAGCGAGCAAAGUAGAAGGAGAUGACACGAAUGCUGAGGUCGUCCAGCCUAAGUCAAAGACCCAGAAGGAGUUGGAGCGGGAGGAACGGAUAAAGCAGGAGCUCGCUACACACUCUGAAUCGAAGAUGUCUAGCAAGAAGAAACGCCGCCUCGAGAAGUACAUCGACAAAAAGCUGAAGAAAGAAGAGCGAGCUGUAAUCCUGCAAAGGCUUGCUGCGAGCCAAGCGGAAAUGCCGACUUUGAAGCUGCAAACUUCUUCCAUGCUCGGUACUGGGAAGGUCGCUACCAACCAGUAUCGUCUGGAGAAGGAGGAGGAUAAGGAGGUCCGAAGGCUCAUGGAUGGUAAAGCAGGGAAGCGGAAGCGUCACACGGAGACAUACGUCAGUUCAGACGAGAGCGAAGGAGACGAGCGGGACUCUCCUGCUCUGCAGGCUCACAAGGACGUCGAGAUAGUCGACCUAACCGACCAUACGGAUGGCGCGAGGCCAGGACCUACUGUAGUGAUGGAUACUGCCUUCGGCGGGGAGGAGCCAAAAAGCAUUACUACUGCGAAACGGUCAGUUGGUAGUGCUCUCAAGAAAAAUUCGGAUGGGGAUAUUGCUGCCCCGAUUAUGAAAAAGAAACGGGCAAAGGGUGCGAUCCGGAGCUGGACGAAAACGGCUGCGGCAUGCAAGCAACAGGAGAAGGAACAUUCUGACAGCAGCUUCGACAGUUCUGACUCUGCGUACGAUUCUGUCGACGAAGCAGAGUCCGACGGCAGCGCUGAAGACGGGCACAGCCGUCGUUCGCAGUCAGAGUCCGGCACGGACGACUCGGACGAGCAUCCAGGAUCAAGUUCCGACGAAGAAGAAACCGGUGAACCUCCCGCUCCUAAGAAGCGCAGUUUCAAAGAUUGGGCAAUGGCUCAGUUAAGUGCUGCUAAACCUUACGUAGCGGCACCCAAUGCGGAUAGACAUGCGGAAGAACCGCCAUCUCAGUCUGAGCAUCCGGACGCACCCCUCUCCAAAAGGCGGAAACAGGAAAAGUCUCAGACAGCCACAGAUGGCCUACUGCGCGGACCUCUCGGAGAGGACGUGUCCUUUCCCCAGACAUCUCUUGCCAAGCAACUCCGACCGAAGUCCAGCGCUGAUGUCGGGAAGGAGGCACCGGCAUCCUCAACGGGGGAUAAACCUGCGUCCGGGAAGUCCUUCGUCGCCGUCUCACGGCCUCCUGACGUGCAGGAAAGCCGGAUGCAACUCCCAAUUGUGGCUGAGGAGCAGACGAUCAUGGAGGCUAUAAUGCUGAACCCGGUGGUCGUUAUCUGCGGUGAAACGGGAAGUGGUAAGACCACGCAGGUUCCGCAAUUCUUGUACGAGGCAGGAUUCGGCAGCCCAGGUAGCGAGAAUCCUGGCAUGAUUGGUGUCACGCAGCCGCGCCGAGUCGCUGCAGUAUCUAUGGCGUCUCGGGUCGCCCGUGAGCUAUCCUUGCCAUCGUCUCGUGUCUCCUAUCAGAUCCGAUACGAUGCCAGUGUAUCACCUUCCACAUCUAUCAAGUUUAUGACGGAUGGCGUCCUGCUGCGAGAGUUGGCUACCGACUUCCUGCUCACGAAAUAUUCCGUUAUCAUCAUCGACGAGGCCCAUGAAAGGAGCAUGAACACCGAUAUCUUGAUAGGUGUUCUGAGCAGAGUCAUUAAGCUUAGGGAGCAGAUGUGGGCCGAGGGAAAGGAUGAUGUUAAACCUUUGCGGCUGGUGAUCAUGUCAGCUACCCUCCGUGUAUCAGACUUCGUGGAGAACAAGACCUUAUUCUCUUCCCCUCCCCCCGUCAUCAACGUGGCCGCUCGUCAGCAUCCAGUCACCAUUCACUUCAGCCGUCGCACCUCCCCGGAUUAUGUCACCGAAGCCGUCAAGAAAGCUUCGAAGAUUCAUACCCGGCUUCCACCUGGUGGCAUCCUCAUUUUUUUAACUGGUCAAAAUGAGAUUACUGGCGUAUGCCGGAAACUGGAGGCAAAGUUCGGUCACAAUGCUAUCCGAGGAAAGCAGCAAAAGCGUAAAGCUUCGUCUAUGCAAGGUUACGAAACCGAGGUGCCAGAGGGCAAUAAGCCCGAGCGAGUAAGAUGGCAGAACGUUGCAACUGUCGACUUACGAAUUCCUUUAGCCGAUGUUGAACCAGAGGACAUCGAACUCGGUGCUGCUGACGACAACGCGGCUCUCGACGUUGAUGGUGAUGUGGAUGCGGAAGCGUUGAACAACGAUAGCGACGAUGAAUCCGAUGGAGGGGUAGACGCCAGCGAAGGCCUACCAGAUACGGAUUCGCCCAUGCACAUAGUCCCGCUGUACUCUCUAUUGCCCAGUCAUAAACAAAUGCGUGUUUUUGAACCUCCUCCACCGGGUUCACGCUUAGUUGUUGUAUCGACAAACGUCGCUGAAACCUCUUUGACGAUCCCCGGUAUUCGUUACGUCGUUGACUGUGGCCGUGCGAAGGAGAGAAAGUAUGACGUUGCCAACGGUAUACAAUCCUUCCAGAUCUCUUGGAUAUCCAAAGCAUCAGCAGCGCAGCGAGCAGGACGCGCUGGGCGCACGGGACCGGGACACUGUUAUCGCCUAUAUUCAUCCGCUGUCUACGAGAACUACUUUGCUCAGUUCGCUCACCCGGAGAUUCUACGGAUGCCCAUCGAAGGCGUCGUGCUGCAGAUGAAGAGCAUGCAUAUAGAUGCAGUGACUAACUUCCCAUUUCCGACCCCACCUGACCGAAUAGCGCUACGGAAGGCAGAGUCGUUGCUCACGCAUCUCGGAGCGUUGUCGAAUUCGAAUACCCCUGCUACUGCGGACGGUUUAAACGCUACCGCGGGUGGACACAUAACAGAACUUGGAAAAGCUAUGGCUCUAUUCCCAAUAUCCCCUCGAUUCUCUAGGAUGCUUGUAAGUGGUCGGCAACAUGGAUGCCUACCCUACGUCAUUGCUAUUGUCUCCGCGUUGUCUGUGGGUGACCCGUUUUUGCACGAAGAUCAAAUCGCGAACGACGGGAGCGAUGUCAGCCCUGAACAGUCGCCGUCAGAGCCGGAGCACUCUACAAAGAACAUCAGUGAGGUCCAAACAUCCCACCGACGGGCCUUCUUCAAGAUGCAGCACACCCACGCCGCUCUCGGCAAUUUCACAAGCGACAUAUUCAAGAUUCUAUCCGUUGUUGGAGCCUAUGAAUACGCCGGUGGAGGCCAUUCAUUUUGCAUGGAACACUUUGUCCGGCCGAAGGCUAUGGAAGAAAUACACAAGCUGCGGUCGCAGAUCAGCAAUAUCGUUCAAGUAAACUUCCCUGAGACCCAUGCGGCGUUUGUGCCGAACCUAACCCCGCCCUCGACACUGCAGAUCAAGGUCCUUCGUCAGUUGUUAUGUGCGGCCUUCAUAGACCAGGUUGCGGUGAGGGCAGAUCUAGUGGCAAAAGAUGGCUCGACGGGAACUAAAUACGCCUCAUCCGUUGGAGUCCCUUAUAAGGCACUUGGUGUUGCGGAUGAUGUGUUCAUUCAUCCGUCGUCCAUCCUCGCUGAAGUAUCGCCGCCGGAUUACGUUGUGUUCCAUGAACUUGUUCGGACCUCGCGGCUGUUCAUCAAAGGGGUAACUGUAAUCAAUCCGGCAUGGUUAUCAAAUCUGGGCAAGCAUUCCCUGUGUACCUUCUCAAAACCUAUGAAGAACAGUAAAGGUGUCAUGAAGGUCAUUCCACGUUUCGGGCCCGCAGGCUGGGAAUUGCCCGCAGUCGACGCCGUCUGAGAAGUGUCUAUAAUCAAUCUUCUAGGAUACAGUUUCUUAUGAUACAAAUUGCAAAAUCCCGUUGCCGAUAUAGAAUAAAUUACGCUGUAGACAGUAUCCCUAAAUUAACCCC